CCUUGCAUUGGCAGGCUGAUGGUGACACGUGCCUCCUCCUCGCCACCCCCAGGCUUCACCGUACCGCAUUGGCAUCAGUAACGGUGACGGAAAACCAACUGUGGAAGCGCUGCCGCUACCUUUCGGAACAAACGGUCCGAUUAUUAAUAUUAGAAAGUGCGCCUGAGCAUUUGCGUAAAGCUUUCCGCAACCGUUGUCGAUUGUCCAAAUCGUUCUCUGGCGUUUCGUCAACCAUACAAGAGGGUGCGAUAGCAAGAUGCAGAGAGCAGGCUCCGACGUCUGAAGGUGACAUGAACCUGAGGAUUAACAAGUACAGCAGGCGUACCUUGAACAAGAAGUGGAGAUAGCAACUGAAGACCAUCGUGGCUUCGAACUCGCAACUUUCGUAGUUUAGUCUAUGUAAAGAAGGAAGGAGUUUGAUCAAAAAUAAGUCAUUACUUUGGAAUAAUAUUAUAGGUCUGAAGAAAAAAAAGAAAGAAGAAAAAGUUACAUUAAACAAAGCAAAAUGGCUACUUUAAUCAAAAGCAAAAUUUCCAAUAAACUGUCCAAUGCAGCAACCACGGUGUCGAACAAAUCUCAGGCGAAGGUGAGCGGAAUGUUCGCGAGAAUGGGCUUCCAGGCCGCCACCAACGAAGAGGCGGUGGGCUUCGCCGCGUGCGAUGAUUUGGACUACGAUCACCGGCAAGGGAUGCAAAUGGACAUCAUGACCAAUGAUGAGAUGGGUGAGGGGAGCGGGGAGAUAGGUUUAGAUGGAGUGGAUGGGGACACCCGAUACCAGAGAGAUGGCACUGGACCCCCACCUUCAGCGUCCAAAGACAGUGGUCUUUGUAAGGAAUUAGCAGACGAUAGACCAAAAAUCACCGUUUGGGAGGCGGGAUGGAACGUCACAAAUGCAAUCCAGGGGAUGUUUGUUCUCGGUUUACCGUACGCUAUUCUGCACGGGGGGUACCUUGGACUGUUUCUCAUCAUUUUCGCCGCUGUGGUGUGUUGUUACACCGGGAAAAUCCUCAUCGCUUGCCUGUACGAGGAAAACGAAGACGGUCAGCUCGUGCGCGUGAGAGACUCAUACGUGGACAUUGCCAACGCCUGUUGUGCGCCAAGAUUUCCAGCACUUGGCGGCCAUAUUGUGAAUGUAGCCCAAAUCAUAGAGCUCGUGAUGACCUGUAUCCUGUACGUUGUUGUUAGUGGUAACCUGAUGUACAACAGUUUCCCAAAUAUGCCGAUCUCACAGAAGUCUUGGGCCAUCAUGGCCACCGCUGCCCUGCUACCCUGCGCCUUCCUCAAGAACCUGAAAGCAGUGUCUAAGUUCAGCUUGCUCUGCACAAUGGCCCAUUUUGUCAUCAACAUCCUUGUAAUAGCCUACUGCCUUUCUAGAGCAAGAGAUUGGGCUUGGGACAAAGUCAAGUUUUACAUCGACGUCAAGAAGUUCCCCAUUUCCAUCGGUAUCAUCGUGUUCAGCUACACGUCUCAGAUCUUCUUACCCUCUCUGGAGGGAAACAUGAAUAAACCCAGCGAGUUCCACUGCAUGAUGAACUGGACCCACAUCUCCGCGUGCAUCCUCAAAGGCCUGUUUGCUCUCGUGGCUUACCUGACCUGGGCAGACGCAACCAAGGAGGUCAUCACUGACAACCUACCGUCCACCAUCCGAGCUGUCGUAAAUAUUUUCUUAGUGGCCAAAGCUUUGCUGUCAUACCCUUUGCCAUUCUUUGCUGCAGUCGAGGUGCUGGAGAAGUCUUUUUUCCAGGAUGGUGGACGCGCGGUUUUCCCCGAUUGCUACGGCGGCGAUGGACGCCUGAAAUCAUGGGGCCUCAGCUUGCGCUGUGGCCUCGUGGUUUUCACUCUGCUGAUGGCGAUAUAUGUGCCGCAUUUUGCCCUUCUCAUGGGUCUCACGGGCAGCCUGACGGGCGCAGGGCUGUGUUUCCUCCUCCCCAGCCUCUUCCACCUCCGGCUCUUAUGGAGAAAGCUGCUUUGGCACCACGUGUUCUUUGAUGUCGCCAUAUUUGUAAUAGGAGGAAUAUGCAGCAUAUCCGGUUUCAUUCAUUCCAUGGAGGGGCUUGUAGAGGCCUAUAAGUAUAACCUACAUGAUUAGACGCUCUAAACGUCGGCCGGAAAUAGAUGUUACUGCACACCCUUAUAGUGAUUAAUUCAACCCCAAUGAGCUCCCAUGCUUACAGAAUCCAUACGUAAUAAAUGGUGCGCGCCCCAAACGCAGCAUAUAUUCGCGCGCUCACUCUUGCACACACGCACACAAACUUACACACACACAUAGCCAAGAGAAAGAGCUCGAGUGUCUUACACAAGAUGGACUAUUACAUGAAGUGCACGCAUAUGACAACUAAUUGCAUUUUCCAUAUUUUUCUGUGGAGUGAAGGUUUACAACAUAGAUCGACCUUAAAUUAAAUUGCAAAAUGCGCAAUUUAUCUGUUCAUCGCUCUUGUGGGAGUCAUUUCAUUUGACAUUCAAGUUUGUGAUUUUGGACAACAAUUCGACGGUAUAAUGUGAUGAAAUCGUAAAUAAGAUAUUUAUUUGAUGCCACUUUCUUCUUCUCGAUGAUUUGCAAUAUUUUAACGGGCAAUGAAUGUGAUGGUUAACACAUAAUCUUAUUGUGGACUACAAUAAUGGCAACUAACAUGAUGGCAAUUAACAACAGGAGAACAUAAUGUAUUUGUGAAAGGGACAAGCGUCAAAAAUGUAGACGUUUAUUAGCCGACUGUCUAACAAAAGACCCUGGACCAGAUAUGAACAACCCACCCAAGCACUAAUUUGGAUUGGACGCAAAUAUGAUGGUAUAAUUAUAAAAAAAUACAAAAACUAUGCAUUGAAUGUAUUAUAUCCAGACACAUAAAAUACACAACCUCUAAAUGGUAGGUGCAGAGAAAAACUCACGAGCUGCUGCAGCUGAAUCCACAGUGUUAGCGGCAAAUUAAUCAAAAACAGGCCCAUCACGGUUCAAACACCGUUUGACCGAUAGUAGGAUUUUUGAGACGGUGUCCUGGACACGAGGUGACACGGCCCAAACCUUAAUAAUCCUUUCCCCAGUAAAUAGGGAUUUGAAAAUAUUGCCUCAUCAACAGAUUAUCAGCAUCACUUAACUAUGCCGCAUUCAAUUCAAGCCUUUCUUCAAAAUGGGUUCCGUAUUUAAGCAUUUGAUCUGAAGUCUUCUAAAUUGGCAUUGAUUUAAUGAUGAUUCAAUGUCGGGAAUUCUAGUGUUUGAAACAUAAGAUAAUAAGAGAUCAUUAAAGAAGAAAAUGUGCAUAAAGAACAUUGUUAGCAUUCUGUGCAUUCCAACGGGUUCUGUGGAAAUGUUAAAACCGUAUGUGUAGUGUUAUUGUGGUUUCAAAAAGAUGGAAUGUAUAUCUCAAAAAUCGUUAUCAUAUAUCGUGAAAAUGAAUAUUAAAGAAUAAAGAAAUAAGUGACAUUAUAUUGUAAAAAUGUGUGUGAU